AUGCAUACACCUCAAACAAUUGAUAUCGAACCAGGUAUGGAAGAUACUUUAGUAUCUACUAAUGAUAUUAAAGGUGAAUUUAGAUCUGGUCGUUCUCAAACUCCGCAAUUUUUGCGUGAGAUUCAACAAUUAGAUGAUCCAUUAAAUAGACCACUGAUUAAUACAUCAAAUUCAAUAGCAUACUCCUUAUCCAACUCUAUCAUUGAUCCAUUUUCUAAUUUAAUUCGGCAUUUACAUAUCAGUCAUGAAACCAGCAAGGUUUUUCAUCAAAUAGCACAAAAUCUUGCGACAAAUACUCCAGCAACAAACUUCAUACCUAUAUUGUUCCAGUUAAUUGAUGAAAAAAAUGGAAAUGUUCAAUGCAGACUCUUAGCGCUUCAAUCUCUUCGAGUUUUAUCAAUAAAUGAUGAGCAAUUCUGCAAAGAAGUUUUAAAUUACGAUAAAUUUAAUUCCAUUCUUGUUUACUUAAAAGAUCCACAAUUUAUGAUAGAAAUCUUGCAAUUACUUACCACAAUUUGCCAAUACGCAGACGAAUCAAAAGCUGAACGUAUCAAAAAUAGCCUUGAUUCAAUAACUCAAGAAACUCGCGAACAAAUUGAAGAACAUGUAGUAGCUCUUUACGCCAUUUUAUCCAAAUAUGCAACAAUAUUCAGCGAUGACAAUGUUAAGAAGAUAAAGAAGCAUAUUAACUACCCUGGAAAACCACCACUUAAUGCGGCCAUUGUAUGGAGUUGUCUUGAAUGUAUUGAUAAUUUCCUAGCUUGUCCUUCAUCAGGAGCUUAUAAUGCCUUGAAAAAUGAUAAAGAUACUUUACUUGGAAAACUUGCCCAUGCAAUUAUUUGUGUAGAAAAGAAUGAAGACCCUAAUUUAUUGAUGAUGAUUAUGAAAGUGCUAUUAGAAAGCAUUGAUGAGUUUAAUAUGGAUGAUAUAGCAGACACUCUCAAAGAAUUCCGACUUCAGUUAGUUUCUCGCUUAAUUAAUAUGCAGAACUGUGAUGACCCUGCUCUAAAACAAAUGGCAGAAACAGUUCUUAAAAGGUUAAACUUAAUAAAAAAUAAUUCUGAAUAA